UCACCUUCGCAUAUGCGCAACAUUAUCUUGCCGGACCUCGACGGAGGAGAUCCAGCGUGUUACUUGAAGACAGUUUCAGGGCGUUUGAAGGAAACAUAUUGGGAUUGAAAUCCCUUGGCGAACGCCAGAUAUCUUUUCACCUUUCUUUAUUCGUUGUGAUCGGUUUUAUGACGGUUUUGAGAAGAGACGGGCCAUUGCCGUGGCAGCCAGGAAGUAUAGAAACUAUAAAUUUUCAGAAGACUAUUAAACCUAUACAGGGGUUUAUGAAUUUCCCACAGUACUGUUACUCAUUUCAAACCGGGAGUGGACUUCACCGAAAACACAAAACAAGCAGUAGGAAUUUUACAGGGAACCGGUCAAAAUGGCCACAAUUAACAUCAACAGCGAGGUCACUGACCAGUUCUACCGCUAUAAGAUGCCUAGGCUCAUAGCCAAGGUUGAGGGUAAAGGGAAUGGGAUUAAAACUGUAAUUGUGAAUAUGCCUGAAAUUGCAAAGGCAUUAUCAAGGCCACCAACAUAUCCAACGAAGUAUUUUGGAUGUGAAUUAGGAGCACAAACCAUGUUUGACUUUAAAAAUGAACGCUUUAUUGUCAAUGGUUCUCAUGAUCCCAGCAAGCUUCAGUCGCUUUUAGAUGGUUUCAUCAAGCGUUUUGUACUGUGUCCUGAGUGUUCCAACCCAGAAACACAACUGACUGCAUUUCCAAAGAAACAAACUAUCUCUCAACGCUGCAUUGCUUGCGGCUAUACUGGGAUGGUUGACAUGCGGCACAAACUGACCACUUUCAUCCUGAAAAAUCCCCCAGAUCAGGAUCCGGCUGCUACACCUACCAAGCAGACCAAGAAGGACAAGAAGAAUAAAAAGGCAGUGAAUGGAGAGAAAAAGGAUGAUAGAGCCAGUCCUGAGGCUAAUGCCCAGGAACAGAUGGCUCAGCAGAGAGCCAGUGGGGGUGUGGUUGAUGCUCCCCCAGUUGUGGAGACCAAUAAGGAUGAGAAUGAUGAUGACUGGGGUGAAGAUUUUAGUGAAGAGGCUGUGAGGGAAAGGAUGCAAGAACUCAGUGUAGCCGCAAAACAGAUGGCCUUCACUGAUGACUUGGAGAAAACGCAAGAAGAACGACUCAACAUGUUCUACAAGUUUGUUGAGUUGAAGCGUGAGACGUUUUCAACAGGAGGAGACAAGGAAGUUGUCGCAGAGGCUGAGCGAUUAGAGAUCAAGGACAAGGCACCUCUGAUAUUGGUGGAGGUCCUAUUGAAUGUAAAAAUCCUUCAACAGCUGAAGCAGUAUCGCAAUCUCUUCUUAAGAUUUUGCCAUGAAAAUCAUAAAGCACAGAAAUAUAUGUUGGGAGGUAUUGAACAGCUUGUAGGAAAUGUGCACAAGGAGGAAUUGCUACCUAAAGUUCCUCACAUCCUCAAAGCUUUGUACGAUCUUGAUAUUAUUGAUGAGGAAGUCUUGUUGGAUUGGGGCAAGAAGGUGUCAAAGAAGUACGUUGACAAGAAAAUUUCAGCAGAGAUUCAUGAAAAGGCGACUCCUUUCAUCAACUGGUUGAAGGAAGCAGAAGAGGAUGAUUCUGAGGAGGAGGAGGAGGAGGAAGAAGAAGACCAUGUGGAGGUGGUUUAUUCCAACUUUGAGAAAGUGGGUCAACAGGAAGUCCCCAAGCCAGCGACCAAGGAAGCACCUUCCGAGGAAGAUGAUGAUGAUGAUUUAGAUAUCGAUGAUAUCUGAGGAUGUUUUAUAUGAAAGAUACACAUUAGAUGUUUAAUGUACUCUGCUAUCUUUUAGGACUCUCUUCAUUCCAUGAAAUAACUUGAGCUUUGUGUGAUAGCUGAUAUAUCAGCAAGUGCUGUAGAUUCAUAUAACUCUUCACAAAGUAUUUUGUAUUUACUUUUUUUUAGUACUCACAGAAAAAAGAAUCUGACAAAAGAACUGAUGAGUAACUUUUAUGAAUUGUCUUGCUUUCACUAUAUAAACACAGACAAUAUUAUGUCAAUGUUGAAACACCAUUGCUUUCUUUUGAAUGUGUACAUUUGACAAUGCAAAAUACGUUGCAUUGUUUGAAAUAUAUGUAUUGGUUUUGAUUCAUUUUAUGCUAUUGAUUCAUGAUUUUAAAGAUUGACAGAAUUACUGAUUUAGAAAGAUAUUCUUCAAAAUUUUGUGUAGUUUUACCUUCGGGAAUUGCAGUGUUAAAUUCGUUUCAAGAUUUAAUUUUCUUUCAAUACAUCAUUUUCUCAUUGUACAUAUAUAUACUUAGAAUAUGUGCCUCAUACUUUCUAUAUAUAAUCGUUUUCUUGACACAGAAGAUAUAUAUUGAUGUGCUGUAUCUUUAUUCUGCACUGUUACUGUUGUAUCUCAAUUUUAAAAUGGAAAAAAAAAAUGCAUAGAAAUCUACUGAUAUCAAUAAAAUUGUAUUCUUGAUAAUAA